AUGGAAAAAAACUUGAAAAACGUUAUUGUCGUUUCACUUGGAUUUUUGCUUCUCUUCACCGCUUAUGGAGGACUUCAGAGUCUGCAGAGCAGUCUCAAUGACGAGGAGGGCCUGGGGGUGGUCUCCCUCAGCGUGCUGUAUGGAGCCCUCAUCCUGUCAUCCAUGUUCCUCCCGCCGAUGCUCAUCAAGAAGUUCGGCUGCAAAUGGACCAUUGUAGUGUCCAUGUGCUGCUACAUCACAUUCUCCCUGGGCAACUUCUACCCCAGCUGGUACACUUUGAUCCCGACCUCUAUGAUCCUGGGACUUGGAGGUGCUCCGCUCUGGUCUGCUAAAUGCACCUAUCUUACAAUUUCCGGAAAUGAAUACGCCCAGAGAGCGGGGAAAAUCGGAAGAAACGUGGUUAACCAGUACUUUGGGAUCUUCUUUCUUCUAUUCCAGUCCUCUGGGGUGUGGGGAAAUCUCAUUUCAUCUUUGAUAUUUGCUCAGUCGUCAACUCAAGGCACAUUCCCAGAAGAACAGCUCAAAUACUGUGGGGCCAAUGAUUGCCCAACGGCAACCAACGUCUCUACAAACAGCACCCAGCGUCCACCCCAGGAGCUGGUCUAUACCCUACUGGGCGUCUACACAGGGAGUGGGGUAUUGGCUGUUUUACUAGUUGCUAUAUUUCUGGAUCUCAUAAAUAACAACCCACCGGAAAAUACAGAGGAGAAGAAGCAAGACUCCUUCUGGGGCACUUUCCUUGAAACCUUUCAACAGCUUAAAGAUAAGCGGCAAUGUCUCUUAAUUCCCCUGACAAUGUACAGUGGAUUUGAGCAAGGAUUCCUUUCGGGUGACUAUACCAAGUCUUAUGUGACCUGUGCCUUGGGAAUACAGUACGUUGGUUAUGUGAUGAUCUGCUUUGCAGCCACCAACUCAAUCUGCUCCAUGCUGUUUGGCAAGCUGUCCCAGUACACUGGCCGAAUAGCCCUGUUCCUCCUAGGUGCUGCGAUAAAUCUUGCCUGUAUCAUUGCCCUUUUGCUGUGGAAACCCCAUCCAGAUAUGUUUGCUGUGUUCUUCAUAUUCCCUGCCCUUUGGGGCAUGGCUGAUGCCAUCUGGCAGACCCAAACAAAUGCUCUCUAUGGAGUUCUAUUUGAGACCCGCAAGGAAGCUGCUUUUGCCAAUUAUCGCCUCUGGGAGUCUCUCGGAUUCGUCAUAGCUUUUGGAUACAGCACCUUUUUGUGCGUCUCCGUCAAGCUCUACGUUGUACUCGCAGUUCUGCUUGUGGCAAUGGUGACUUACGGAAUAGCUGAGUACUUGGAAUUCAAAAACCCUUCUGAUAAGCUGGCCGCCCCUGAAAGGGGUGACCAGAUAGACCCUCCAGAGAAGCAAACAUACCUGUAAAAUGAGAUCCGUGGCAGAGAAAAAUCAGAAUACGCCAGUCACUUCUUCGGGUAUAAUGUCAGCAGUCGGUGAUCCUUUCGAAAGUCAACGCAAUCUAACUUUGCACAUUUGUUCAAGUUCAUGUUGUCUUGGGUAUCCUGGGGAAAAAAAAAAUUCAAAAAUCAGAAAAGACCGAGUUCUGACCCAGAGUCUGAUCAGCCCAUGGAAAGUUGCUCCAAUGAUGUAACAUAUUUUUGCCUUUAAUCAAUCAAUCCCAUCAUAUUUACUGAAUGCCUACUGUGUAGGGAACACUGUACUAAGCACUAGGGAGAGUAGCCUGGCCUGGUCACUUCAUAUUCUUGCAGGUAGCCUUCCCUAUUCUUUUCCAGAAAUCAGCCUCUUAAUAAACUCAGUUGUCACUUUGAGGAUC